AUGGAGGAUCUGGAUCCAGAGGCCCAGUUUCUGCGUCAUGCCAGGAAUGGGGAUCUUCCAGGCAUCCAGAAGCUUCUCAUGUCCAAGAUUAAAGAAGAAGCCAACAUCAAAAGCAAAGGUAAGUAGUUGCUUGCUGCUGGUCAGUUAUUUGAAUGAGCAAAGCUCUUCAUUAGUAUACUACAGUAUUGAGGAAUUUGAGUGUGUCUAAUCUAUUUUGAUUGUUGGUCUAGAAAAAUUGUUUAGCUAACUUUAAGCCCAGGGGCAUAAUCCUGCAGGAUGGUUGCAGUUACUGUUCUCUAUCUACACAUAGGAAUGCUUGGCAGAAAUGUGAGUGUGUCUAAUCUGUCCUCAGGUAAGAGUAAGUCUAACCUGGGAUGGACGCCUCUUCACCUGGCCUGUUACUUUGGACACAGAGCUGUGGUGGAGGAAUUACUCAAGGUACUGUAAGAAGCAUCUUUAUUUUUAAUAAGGAGAUGGAUGAUUGUUUAAACAAUUUUUUUUGCAGAAUUAAUGCGUGUCUGUUGAAUAUUCCCUGCAGGCCGGAGCGGAUGUUAAUUUGCCCAAUAAUGUGGGAGACACACCACUGCACAAAGCUGCCUUCACCGGAAGAAAGGUACCAAACUGUAAAAACAAUAUUUUAAAAAAUACAUCUGUUUUAUUUGAGUUUAUUCUUAAUUUUAUAUGCAUGUUUGACUUUGAUAUUGAUUGUUGAGUGUUCCUGCAUGCAUUUAUUAAUUCACUAAAUCAUGCAUUGUUCAGGAGGUUGUCAUGUUGCUGCUAAGCUAUGAUGCAUGUGCCACUGUCAUCAAUGGAACAGCACAGAUUCCUAAAGAUGUCACUCAGAAUGGGGAGAUCAAAAGCAUGCUGGAAGGUCAGUGAAUGUCCACAACAUAUUAAUAAAAUGUGUAAUGUCCACAACAUAUUCAGAAUAGUUUAACUUAUUUUAUGUUGGCCAAAAAGAAGCACCUGAAUCAGUGUUUGUAAAAAUGUUUGUUACAAAAAGCCUCCAGACAUGAACUGCUGUGAUCUCUUGGGUAACACCCCACUGCACUGUGCUGCCUACCGUGGUCAGAAGCUAUGUGCCCUGAAACUGCUAAAGAAGGGUAAAGAUGGGCUCAGUCAGACUGUGUUUGACCUCGCCAACAACAGAGAUAAAGCAGAUCCUGGAAGGCAAUGUUCAUAA